CCAUCACCAUCACCAGAUCAUCCCCUUCCUUCAAACGUACGUUAAAAACAAAAAAAAAUAAAAAAUCCUGUGUAUUGGGUAGCCUAAUUCAACACAUGAUCAUGAUCAUGAUCACGAUCUGUAUUCAAAUCACAGAUGUUUUGGAGUGGGUUGUCUGAGAUUCCCUUUGUUUGUGUAAUGAAAAUUACUGAAUUGUAGUACCAAAUCACGGAGAUUCUGUUCUUCAUCAGUUGAAGUACUACUGUACUGUAACACUCAGUACCAGUCUCAGGAGCAACUCCCGUUAAAGCUUCACCAUUUCUGGUUCCAUAUCUCCGGCUUGAACUUGAAAUCGCUCUGUAUAAAUGGCUCCAUCUUUCUAUUUCAGACCCGCUACCAUUUUCGCUUCCAAGCCAUCAUCCUCUUAUACCCUUCUCUUCUUGGCCAUCCUCUUCAUUAUCGGGCUCUAUACCCUCCACCACCACCACGACACCGCCGGAACUCCUGGAAAUGCUCUCCACUUUGGCGACCUAUUCCUCUCCGCCGCCUCCAACUACACCAUUUCGUCCUAUCUCCGCCGCCUCACCCGCCACCCCCACGUCGCCGGCACCGAGGCGGCCGUCCAAACCGCUAUGUAUGUUGAGAACCAUUUCAGAGACCUGGGGAUGGACACCUUCGUGAAACACUACAAUGCCCUUCUCUCUUAUCCUGCGCACGCCUCCCUCUCCGCUCACUUUAGCAACGGCACAGUGAAGGCGGCGGCGCUGGCCGAACAGGGCUCGGCCGGGAACGACGUCAUCCCACCGUACCACGCCUACUCACCGUCCGGAUCGGCGUACGGCAAGGCCGUGUUCGUGAACUACGGCAUGGAGGAGGACUACGGGGCGCUAGCGGCGCAAGGGGUGAGCGUCGCUGGGUGCGUGGUGGUGGCGCGGCGCGGAGUGGCGCCUAGAAACGCGGUGGUGGAGAAGGCGGCGGAGAAUGGGGCGGCGGCGGUGCUAAUGUACUCGGAAACGGAGGGUUUCGGCGACGGGGUUGAGAGGGGGACGGUGAUGGCCGGUUUAGGGGACCCGCUGAGUCCCGGCUGGGCCGGGGUUGACGGCGGAGAGAUAUUGGGGUUGAACGACAAAGAGGUUGUGAGGAGAUUUCCCAAAAUACCCUCGAUGCCGGUGUCGGCCGAUACUGCGGAGGCCAUUUUGAGUACACUUGAAGGGCCCAGGGCGCCCUCCGAAUGGAAGGCCAGGGCUUUAAGGGUUGGUCCUGGUCCUACUAUGCUCAAUUUCAGCUAUCAGGGUGUGAAGAAGUUGGCGACAUUGCGUAAUGUUUUUGCGAUGAUAAGAGGAUCAGAAGAGCCUGAUCGCUUUGUAUUACUUGGCAACCACAGAGAUGCAUGGACGUAUGGAGCUGUUGACCCCAAUAGUGGAACUGCCGCCUUGCUUGACAUUGCUCGUCGAUAUGCUCUUCUUAUGCGUUCUGGGUGGAAUCCUCGAAGAUCAAUUGUUCUCUGCAGUUGGGAUGCAGAGGAGUUUGGGAUGAUAGGAUCUACCGAGUGGGUUGAGCAAAACCUUCUGAACCUGGGCUCUAAAGCUGUAGCCUACCUUAAUGUGGAUUGUGCGGUGCAAGGUCCUGGAUUCUUUGCUGGUGCAACUCCUCAGCUAGAUGAUCUCCUUGUUGAGGUCACUAAAAAGGUUAAAGAUCCUGACUCAGAUGACAUGACAUUAUACAAGAAGUGGACAACAACUAGUAACGGCAUCAAUAUCCAGAGACUCAGUGGAGUAGAUUCAGAUUUUGCUCCAUUUUUGCAACAUGCAGGGGUUCCUUCAAUUGAUCUGUAUUAUGGCAGAGAUUUUCCAGUCUAUCAUACUGCUUUUGAUGACUUCAGUUGGAUGAUAAAAUAUGGAGAUCCAUUGUUUCAGCGGCAUGUUGCAGUAACUGGAGUUUGGGGACUUCUUGCACUUCGCCUGGCUGAUGAUGCAGUUCUACCAUUUAACUACCUUUCAUAUGCUGCUGAACUGCAGGAGUAUGCAAAUAUCUUGAGCACUUUGUUGGGAGGGAAUGUCUUCCUACGGCCUAUUUUAGCAGCCAUCCAGGAACUUAGGGAUGCAGCAAAAAAGGCUGAGGACGAAGCAAUGAAAAUGAGAGUGCUAGAAACUGCGGGCAAUUUGAUGUUGAAGCAGCGUGCAUUAAAUGAUCGCUUGAUGUUUGCUGAAAGAGGCUUCUUGGAUGCAGAAGGGCUUCAAGGCAGACAGUGGUUUAAGCAUCUGGUUUAUGGACCUCCUCGUCACCAUGAAAGCAAACUGGUUUUCUUCCCGGGACUAGUUGAUGCUGUUUCACAGUUUAGACGAACGAACAAGAAUGAAGGGCAGGCAGCAAUGCAGCAUGAGAUCUGGAGGGUUGCCAGGGCCAUACAAAGAGCUGCCUAUACUUUAAGAGGUGAAUUUGCCUAGAACUAUUUAUUAAAAAUGGGCUCCCAUAUGGAAGGCAGUUGCCUAUGAUUAGAGAGUCGAAAUUGUAAAUAUCCACCCUUUUUGUUAUGGUUUUUGGAAAGUCAAAAUGCCUCUGUGCGGCCGCACAGAGAGAAUGAACUGUA